GUCUGGCCCUUUUCGAACUCACGGCUUACAUAGGUGCGCCUUCACACAAUACGCCCUCCCUCUUCACUACCACCAUACUUAACUAAGCAACUAAACAACCCUGUAUAUGCACACAAGCUAUAUACCUCGCGAGAGGUAGCAUUCCCUUGGUGCAUACACACAUAUACAUACAUACACACACAUAUAUAUAUCCUAUCAAAUCCAGCUAGCAAGCCUACACCAACCAAACCCACCCACAAACCCAAACAAACGCAAAAAAGCCCCAGCCCAAGCCGUGCCGUGCCAAAUCCCGCAUUAAGCGCAUGCAAUGCAGCAUGCACGCACGCACGUAAGAGCUGAAAGACGAAAGAAGGAAAGAAGUUAAGAAAGGAAACGUAAGGCAAGGCAAAGAAAAGAAAAAGGCAAUAUGUAUAAAGAACCUCACACACACUCUCUCUCAUCCUCAGCAGUGCUAGCAGCAGCAAACGCAGCGCGAAACCCCCACGCUAACAACGACAACGAAACCUCUCCAUCGGACGGACGGGUAAACAGACAGACAAACAGACAGAGACAGACAGACUUACUCGGCGCCGCCCACCAGCACGACCCUACUGCGACAAUGACGACGGCAACGACGACGAUAACAUCAACAAGCCAAGUUAAGCAAAGCAAACAAGACAAGACAAGACAAGAGAACAAGAAAAAGGAAAAAGGAAACCCCCCCAUUCCCAUUUCCAUUCCAUAAGCUUCCAUCUUCCAAGAAUCAUAUCCAUAUCCAUACCUAUCCACCCUCUCGAGCACCGCUGCCGUUACUGCUCCUACUGCUCCCACUACU